GUUUAGGUCCCCUGUCAACAUGAUGACACGAGGGCUUGUUCUGCUGCUAUCAAUUCUAGUCGCAGUAGACGCGGCUAAAAAAGUGCAACCUAAGCGGGCGAAUCAGCAACAACGACAACAACAAGGUCCCCAACCGCAACGCUGGUCACGGCAACCAAAUCAGCAACACCAGCCGGUGUUACACGCACAACAGUUCCACCCUCCACAAUUCCGCCAGGUGGCGCAGCCCCAGUACUUCCACCCUCCACCAUACCAGUACCAUCCACCACAACAAAGGCAGCGUCCUCAGCAACAGAAAACACCGCAACAGAAUACCAAAAAGCAACCUUUAAAGAAGCAAGCACCAGAAGUGAAACCCAUGCAACCUGCAAUUCAGCCUCAAGUUGCAGUUGUACGUCCUCCAUAUCCACAGUUUCUCCACCCUUUUCCACACCCACCAAUACAGUACCAGCCUCUUCCCUUGCAACAAAAGCAGCAAACCAAAACAAAGAAAACAAGUAAUCAAACUUCUCAAAAACCGAUUCAAAAACCAGCACCACAAUCGCCGCCAAGGCAACUUCUCAUGAAACCCCAAUAUCCCGUUGUACAACCUCAACCAAGGUAUAUGAUGCCGCAAAUGCAUUACCCUCCUCAGUUUUACCAACCCCAGUACUAUCCUCCGCCAGUUUAUCAAAUUCCUCUGCAGCCACAAACCACUAAACCAAAACCUACCACCACCACCACCACAACCACUACAACCACACCGGAACCACCGGAAAUGGAAUCUGAAGGUAAAUCUGGAAUGCCAGCACCGCAAGUUCCUUGUAACUCCUGGUACAUUGAUCGCGGGGGCGUAUACAGAUGGUUACCAUGUCCUUUACCACCCCAACCUGUGACAAGACCCACUCGGCGACCAACCACCAAGCCACCACGAACCACCACCGCCAGCCCCGGUCCCUUUAUCACCCAGGAGUGUGACUACUGGUACAUUCAGAAGGGGGUGUACAAGUGGUACGCGUGCCCGACCCUUCCGCCACCAGCAACUACGCAGGGACUUUUCGAUUUCUUAUUCAACCCUCCCACUACCCUUGCGCCUGUAAAUAUAUUUCCAGUAGUGAAGCAGGGUCCCGUGAAAGUUAAGAUUUAUCAUAAGGAAGUAGAGAGAAGCUGAAUAACCAUGUGUUACAUAUAAAGCAUCUCCCUGGU